AUGUCAGCAGACGACUUAGUCAAGAGUGUGGCUAGAAAACUGAAAUACUAUUUUGAAGUCAAGAGGUUAGAAGAUGGAUUUGAUUUGACUGAUUUACACCAGCUAACACUGAAUCACACUUCAUCAAAAACACCACCUUCCCGCAAGCAUGAUGCGCUGCAUGACAGGACCUUGAAGCAGUACUUCAGUGAUCCCGACUUGAGAUCUAUACUCAGACAGUUAAACAAUUAUGACGCAAGAGGGGUACUACAAGGAUGGAGGGAGAUUGAAGUGAGAAAGAUGCUAGACAACUACAUGAAGCAUUAUUCUUUCCAGAAAAGAACUCUGCCAAGUUAUUAUUAUCGCCACAAUCACAGAAAGAACCCACAGUCUGCUGGAGUGAUACUUUAUAGGCGGAAACAGAACAAUUUGUUACGUAGCUGGCCAGUUAAACAGACACUCUCUGACCAACAUGUCUCAAAGGGGGAAGCAGAACGGCUGGUAAAUUCAGCCACGAAGAUUAUUUGUGGCUCUGAACUGAGCUCCCUUGGCAAGAUUUCAUUAUCACCUUCACAAAGAGGAAAGGGGUCAGCUUCAGCAGUAACUCAGAAUGAACAAUCAAGACCCACUACAGCCAGAAGUGGCAGCACUCUUCACUACAAAGACCAGGAUGAGAAAAAAGGCUAUAAAUCCGGAUCUCCGAAAACUCAGAAAAGGCAGAAGUAUAAACAGCCACGUUCCAGAUCCACUUCGCCAGCACAAAGUAGUCGAUCAUCGCCUACUUCUUCUAGGACUAGUUCUUCAUAUUCCCAUUCCUCUUCAUCUUCUGAAUCCUCAUCUAGCCACUUCUAUCAGUCCCACUCCAAUUCUCAAACUCCCAAGCACUCUCCGAGAAAAAAUAAAUCCACAACAGUCAUCAACAUGCCUGGACAGAAGCAGCAGGCACAAGUUGGCAUUGAGCGGGCAACACAGACUGAAGGAGAUGCCAGCAAUAAUAAGAAAACCUCAGAAUCAAAUACUGACAAUAUUCAAAAAGAUGACAUUGACAAAAUCUUUUGUGAAUAUCAAGUCCUUGUGCGUACUGGUGACCGACUGGGCUCUGGCACAGCUGCUCCUGUUAAAUUAACGCUGUUUGGAGACAAGGGAAGGAGUGAAGAAUUCGACCUCAGCAGUCUGUCCAAGAGACACAAGAUACCAUUUCAGAAAGGAAAUGAAGAUUUAUUUCUGCUUCCUGGUUGCCACGUUGGCCAACUUAGAAAAAUUCAGAUUGGUCAUGAUAGAGCACAGAUAAAUUAUGCCUGGUUCCUGGAGAAUGUAGCCGUAUAUGACAUGCACACCAGGCGUGUUUACCAGUUCCCAUGUGGACAGUGGCUGUCUGGCCAGGACGGAGACAAAAAGACAUACCGGAUUUUAGAAGCAGACAGCGAGCAAAAGUUUACAGAAGCUCCAGAUGCAGGUAUGACAAAGUCGCCAUAUAGGCAGAAAAAUGGUUCUAGACCAGAUGUGUUUUCAGAAUCAGGCCACAAAAACAAUGCUACUUCUUCUCAAACAAAGCCACAAGAUGACAGCCAAAAUUCUAGUAAAGUCAUUAGUAGCAAUGUCCGAGUGGAAAGUGACUCUGCCAGGUUUCAGGAAAGUGGAGCACUACAGAAGGAUGACUAUGAACAAAAAGCAACCAAAAUAAUUCUCCGUUCUAUGCCAGGAUCAAAAAUAGUGGAUGAGAUUAUCUUGGAAAAUGGUACUGACAUGGAUACAGAUAGAAAAUCUGGCAAUGACUCCAUGAAAAAUUAUAAGUCAUUGAAGUCUGAACCAGACCAGAGGAAACAACAGAAGAAAGAGACUGAGAGAAAGCCAAGCAGAGAUGGAAGCAUACAUGCAGCUGUCAGGGAUGGAGAUUUGGAUAGAGUGAAGGACCUGCUGCAGCGGUCUCCAGAGUUAAAAGACCAAAGAGAUGGAAAUGGCUGGACCCCUCUGCACACGGCUGCAUCCUGUGGCAACAUGGAGGUCCUCAGAUGGUUGAUCACCAGUGGGGCCGAUGUGGAUGCAAGAACUCCCCAAGACUUUCAGGCCAUGCAUGUCGCCGCCAUGAGUGGGCAUGUGAACAUCAUGGUGAUUUUGCAAACCAGAGGUGCUUCUAUUGUAAGCUGUACCAAGGAAAAACAAUCAGCAUUACAUCUGGCAGCAAAGAGCGGACACUUGGAGUGUGUCAAAUGGCUGGUUGCCAACGACGUGACUCUAGAUGCUGAAGACAACUCUGGACAGACUCCAUUUAAGCUUGCAGAAACACAUCACCAUGACAACUGUGCUGACUUCCUGCGGGUCUGUAUGCAAGAGCUGGUUAACCCCAAAAGUACUUUUGCUCAGGUUCAUGCAAGACAGGCCAGCGGGAGGGACAUAAAGUCUGACAGGGAGCACACGGUUUCAAGAUCAAGUCAAUCAAGUGAUGAUGAUGAUGAGAAAGGAAAGUCAAGUUCAGACAGUGAUAAUAACAGUAAAAAGAAGAAUUCCGACUGA